AUGCUUGCCUGGAUACUUCGUUUCAUUAAAAACUGCCAACGAAAAGAAAAACUUAAGAAAACUGAGUUGACUUAUGAAGAAGUUCAAUCAGCAGAACACUGUUUGCUAAAAUUAAUUCAGCAGGAAAGUUUUGCCGGAAGAAAAAUGAAAAUCUUGAAGAAUAUGCAAACAUUCAGAGACGAAAAUAAUAUUGUUCGACUCAGAACAAAGCUUCUCUUGGGAGAUGAAGAGGAAAAUUUCAAGUGUCCCAUAUUGUUGCCCGAAAGCCAUGAGAUUAUUCAUCGACUGGUAAGGCAAAAGCAUUGUGAACUACAACAUGUAGGACUUCGAACUCUGAUUGCCAAUUUAAGAGAAGAUUACUGGAUUAUUUCGAUCAAUAGAUUAGCGAAACAAGUUAGCUCUAGUUGUAUUUCAUGUAAAAGAUUCAAAGCCAAACCUACAGAACCACCUUUUGCACCUCUUCCUAAGAACAUAAUAAAGAUUGGUUCAAGCAAUGCUCUAAGAAAUUUAGAUUGGGAGAAGAUCAUGUCGUUUUCUACUAUCAAGAAAAUAAAAUGCAAUUUUAACCCUCCAACAGCCGCCUGGUGGGGAGGAUGGUGGGAGCGCAUGGUUAGAAUGUUGAAAGAGAUGCUAAGAAGAAUUUUGGGAAGGAAAAGUCUUGACUAUGAAGAGUUGGAAACUAUUCUAUGUGACUGCGAAGCUACAAUAAACUCUAGGCCACUUACAUAUAUUUGA